AUGUUUGACAAGUACUCGAACAUCCGACUCUCCGGGACCACAAAAGUGGUAGAACGAAAGCAGCGACAAAUUGAAGCGACUGGCGCACGUGUCCAGAAGACCAACCUGGAUCACGAUUACGGUGACCAAGUCGAACGUUUGACUUCGUCAUGUUGUCAAACAGAGUCAGAGCGUGGCUCAACGUUGACAAUGCUGGGUUUGGAGCCGAGUCAAUUGGGAAAGAGACACAAACAGCAGCAGCCACAGCAGGACGAAGCGCAUCUCGAUUACUGGCGAAUGUCGGAGACCCAGACAGAAUCGGAGUAUGGCUCUGACAUUCCAACGACUAGGUUGACGAGAGGACUAGGAAACGAAAAUUGUAGUCUAAUUGGAUCUCUACGAGCAUCUGAAUCCGACUUGGUGGUGUCAACAUCGCAAGAGACAGAGGAGAACCAGCACGACUGCUCUAGUUUAUCGGAGACUGAUUCCUCUUCUUCAAAAUGCGUUGAGUUUACCCCAACGUCGAUUACAAACCAGACAGAUGCUCCGUCCGAGCUGUCCAGAUCCCUAACUAUGGUUGGAGACUCGUCACGACCAUCACCAUCAUCAACGACAACUGAAGCUCUGCUUCCAAGGCUACGACCGACAGCUCCUCUUCAUUGUGUGGUGCCUAACUGCUGCGACUAUUUCACGUCACCCCACCCUCAUUACCCAAAAGAAGUGAUUGGAAUGGCAAAAAUCAAAGAAUCCUUGCAGAGUGUUUCCGCCUCAACCAACCCCAUCAACACAGACACCACCAGCGAAGGUGCUGACAACGAAAGAGAUGACAACGACAGGGGUGAUAACGAAAGAGGUGGUCACGAGAGAGAGGGAGGUGAUCGCUCCAACGACUCAGGCGUGACUCGAAACAACAACGAGUUCGAGAUGUGGGACUACGUCUGUCCACAGUACGCCCGCCGUUAUUAUGCUAACGAAUGGUUCUAG